GAAGGCGCAAUUAGCACCAGAUCAUCAGCAACAACAGUAGCAACAGCAACAGCAACAUGAAUCAUUCAAUGCCGGGAUCAUUUCCUGGUUCAUAUGGGUCUACUCUGUAUCAACCCAGGCAGCUACAGAAAGCCACCACGAACGAACGACUAGCCAGUCAACUCACACAAUCAACAGAAAUGACCAGAUUCUUCAACACCACCUACAUAAACACCAAAACCAAAGCCCAGCAUCACUUGAUUGGCCAACUAGGCUUGAUAGUCUACGUACUUGCAUUCUAUCAAUAUGUAAAGUACUGUCAUUCAGCCGCAUUGAUACCGUUAUUGUUUCAUUGCAUUUAUCAAGUAGUACUCUCGAUUGAAAUACUUACAAAUGCUAAUCUACAAGUGAUUAGACAUUUGCUUCUGGAUACUACAGAACCGGAAGAGCAACAAUUUGUCUUGAACAACCGAAUGCGAUUUGUUUGUCGCAUGUUAUAUACGAAAUGUUUGUUUGUGUUGUUGUACCACAUUUUAUUUGUGUGUAGUUGGAUGGUGUCCAUUGUGAACCGGGGCCAGUUGCAGGAGUUGACCUAUGGAACUUGGUGGGUUGUUUCGUUCAUAGGCGAGGAAGUUCCGGAUAUACUGCCGGAAGUUCCAUACCAUGAAAAAUUAUUGAAGCUAGGAUUGAUUCAGUUGUUGUUUAUCGAUUUGAUUGUGUUAUUUCUUGAAUUAGUAAUGUUUCAGUGUAUUUAUAAGCAGUCUCCCAUACUUAAAAUAGAGAGGAGAUUAAAUGAGCAAGAGAUUUACUGUGUGAGACAGAGUACUAGUCCGAAUAUUAGUGUGAAUGAAGAAGAUGUAAGUCAAGAGGAUGUACCUACGGUGUUGAAAGUUAAGUUAUACCAAUGUUUUAAACGGGAAGGAUAUUUGGAUGUUAUAGGGCAGUAGUAAUAGAAUAAUACAAAGUCAUUGUGUAAUUUAUUGUGCGUUGUGACGCGUGUUACACAUU